AUGAGGCCUGCGCAGGGGGAGGGGCAGCAGCGGAAGAAGGUGUACGCGAAUGGCUCGUGGUACAUCGGCAGCCUCGACGGGAAAGGCCGGCGGCACGGGCGCGGGGCCAUGGUCUUCAAGGAUGGCACCUACGAGGGUGAUUGGCGUCACGGCAAGCAGACAGGCGUGGGCACCUACGUGUGGACCUCCGGCUCGCGCUACCAGGGGGAGUGGCUGGAUGGCCGGUUCGAGGGCAAGGGAACUUAUACGUGGCCCAGCGGGGCCACCUACACGGGGCAGUGGAAGAAUGGCCGCAAGCACGGGCAGGGCCGCUUCCUGUGGGCCAACGGGACCUUGUACGAGGGCCAGUUUCAGGAGGACAAGAAAAUGGGCUUUGGCGAGUACACAUCUGGAUCGGACAACACCAAGUACAUCGGGGAGUACGUCGACGACAAGAUGCACGGCGAAGGGACCUACCUGUUCAGUGACGGAGCGCGCUACGUUGGACAGUUCGCCAACAACAACUUUGAUGGGGUCGGGUGCUACACCACCCCGGAUGGUACCAGCUACGUGGGCCAGUUCAAGGACGACCAGCGGCAUGGGGUGGGCUUGCUGAAGCCUCCGCACCUGGGCACCUUCAAGGUGCGCUACAUCCGCGGCAAGAUCGUGGAGCACCAAGCUGCACCGAUGGCGAUGACGGACACGGAGGAGGAGAUCACGUUCGACGUGGUGGUGGAGCUCUCCGAGGAGGACCUCAUCCGCCUGGGCAUCGCCGAAUUCGGGAAGCGCAAGAAGCUCCUCGUCGCCAUCGAACAGCUGCCCAACUUCCGGGCCUCGCGCACGAAGAAGGCGGCGGCUCCGGCCAGCCUCUCGAGUUCUUCCUCACGUGUACACCCCGCCCUCUCCUUUGAUCCGCACUGCUGUCCGCCCGCCCGUCUGGUGGGGCGUGAUGCUGGCGGCCCCUCCUCGGCGCAACUCGCGCGCGCGGAUGCCGAUACCGAUCACACGGAGGGCAGCGACGACGACGACGGCAGCGAGCGCGCUCUCCGAUUCAAUGAAGAAAGCGAUGACGACGACGAACUUUCGAUCCAGGCCGAAGAUCACUACGCCGACCUGGGGGAUGGCCUCGUCCUCGAGACCGAAGAGAAGGCCUCCUCAGCCUACAGGAAGUCGAGCGAGUUCGCCAGCGGGGAGCUGGAAGAGCACGGAGACCUGUUCGAUGCCACGCAGGGCGCUACCUAUCGGCUCCUCAACGCCAAGGAACUCCGAAUCCAGCGCCAUCCCGUUGGCCGAGGCGUCUUCGGCAUCGUCUAUUCUGCGGGUAAUGUGGCUGUGAAGAAAUUGGUGGGCGCCCUGGGUGAAAAGGAACUGGCCGAACUCCAUCGCGAGGCGCAGCUGUUGGAGUACGCCACGCCCGGCCUCGUCGCUGUCUCGCGCAUGCACGUGCCAUGUGGGCGCGCGGGGCUCAUGGAGCGCCACCUGCUGCACAGGAAGCUGUGCCAUCACCCGCACGUGGUCAACUACCUAGGCCUGGCCAAGAUCCCCGAGCUUUGCCUGGUCACGCAAUUCUAUCCCAAGGGGAGUCUCUACGACAUCGUCAUCAAGCGCAGGGAGCCCAUUGGCUGGAAGACCAUCGUGGGAAUGGCCCGUGAUGCGGCGGCGGGCAUUCUGCACCUGCACUGCGAGCACGUCAUCCACCGGGUCAACGAAUCGGCGAGACCGCCCGAGGACAUCGCGACCCGCAACUGCCUGGUGGACGCGAACUACCGUGUGGUGGUCACCGACUUUGGCCUGAGCCGGGUCAAGACCUCGGCCUACCUCAUGACCAACAACAGCUUCGGUCCUGUCUCGUGGAUGGCGCCAGAGGCUCUCAUGGAGCGUAAAUUCUCGGAGAAGAGCGACGCCUACAGCUUCGGCAUUUUGCUGUGGGAGCUGGCUGCGCGCAAGUCUGUGGUGUACCCGGACGAAGUAUCGCCCUUCGACAUCGCCACGGUGGUCAUCGCCGGCAAGAGGCCCGCCAUCCCGGAUUCGUGCCCCAAGGAGCUGCGCGAGUUGAUGCAGGCCUGCUGGGCUCCCGACCCGGGCCAGCGACCAGACUUUGUGCGGAUCGAGAAGAGUCUGGCCGCCUACUAUUACUCCCUCGCCGAGUGA